GCUCUUAUAAAAGCAUCCGUGAAGGUGAUGCUAACAAACAACUCUAGAAUGUUGGCUUCGCUUCUACUGGUGGGCCUGUAUAUGGGUCUGUAUCAAGCUGCGACCGCAGAAUAUAGCUGUUCUGGAACCACACUUGCAGCGGGCGAAAGGAUUUUGAUGGAAGCACUUCAUGAUAUGAGAAGAAGAGAAGUUGCCAGCGGAAUUGUCAAUAAUGGAAUAAGCGGCAAAAAGCUACUGCAGGCGAAAAAUAUAAAAAAAAUGAAUUAUGAUUGUGCUUUGGAGGAAGAUGCUCAGAAGGUGGCUGAGUCGUGUACACUUACCCAAACACCUGAAGAUAAACGUCCACUGUAUGGGGAGAACAUAGCCGUGAUCGAACCUAAGGGCGCUACACUUAGCAAUGGGGAACUACUAGCCAAUGUGAGUUUCGAGCAGCUUUCUCAAGAUGGAUAUCAUACAGUGAAGCAGAACGCGUCGAAGUGCUCCAAGCGAAGCGGCUCGCGAGGACCUUAG